UUUAACAAGUUUAAAUGGUUGGUCGUCGGGUCGAGGCUCUUGUGAACAUGAGAUCAUAAGUAUCUUAAGAUAGGAAAAUGAGUCGUAUAGUGGACCGCCUGUCAUACAUUGAAGCUGGUGAUCAGGAUUUCUCUGUGAAUCUCUCCAAUACCUUUGACCCAUGCAAGAAUCUGAAUGAGAUUUUCCAGUCAAUACCCACUGAGGAUGUUGAUCUAGAGACCCUGAGGGUGUACUUGAGAGUUCGCCCAAGUCUUCCAGAAGAGACUUCCCAGCAAGAGGACACGCACAUUGAUAUAUUUGAUGACCACAGCCUCAUUCUCACUGCCCCUGCUUCCUCUCAUACCUUUAAGAACAGCAUACAUGGCAUCACAAAGCUUAACCAGAAAUUUACAUUUUCACAUAUUUAUGGACCCUCUACAACCCAAAAAGAAAUAUUUGAUAAUUCUACUCUGGGUCUGGUUAAGGACUUCAUUAAUGGACAGAACUGCCUACUUUUCACAUAUGGAGCUACUAACUCUGGGAAGACAUAUACUGUACAAGGAACUCCUACAGAUGCAGGUAUUCUUCCUCGGACACUGGAUGUGCUCUUCAAUACAGUUGGACAACAUCAGUAUCUGAAAAAUGACUUGAAGCCAAAACACUUCUGUGGUGUGAUGCGUCUAGAAGACAAAGAUAUGCAGAUAGAAGAAGAGAGGAAAGAGAAUAUAUUUAAAAUUGGAACUGAGCUUAACUCUACCUUUUCUCAGUCAAUAAUGAGCCUGUCAAAACUGUCUACAAGUGAUGACAGCCUCAACACUUCACAUCAUGUGUCUGAAGCUAGCAGAGCUUCUCACCACUGGAAUGAAGUUAGCAGAGUGUCCUCUGUAAUGGAUGGUCAUUAUCAUGAUGAAACAAGUUUGGAUAUAGCUGACACCGAAAAUACUACAUAUGCUAUUUUCGUGUCAUUUGCUGAGAUCUACAAUGAAUAUAUCUAUGACCUACUUGAGAAGAUGCCAACCUCCAAAAAAAACAAGCGUAACCCCCUUAUGUUGGGGGAGGAUCGAAAUGGUUCUAUUUAUAUUAAGGGGUUACAGGAAGUACGUAUUCGAAGUGCUGAGGAGGCUUGGAAACUUUUAGAGAUUGGACGCCAGAACCUUCAUUUUGCUACCACUCGCCUCAAUCACAACUCCUCACGGUCACACUGCAUCUUUACCAUUAAGAGCAUCAAGUUAGCCAGUGAAAAAAGUCCACAUGUUGCAAGAGUUUCAAUGCUGUCUGUGUGUGACCUUGCGGGUGCAGAAAGGGCGGCGAAAACUCAGAGUAACCAUGACCGCCUUAAGGAGGCUGGGAACAUAAAUACCUCCCUUUUAGUGCUCAGUCGGUGUAUUGAUGCUUUAAGACGAAAUCAAAUGCAGAAGGGCAGCAAGAAACGUGACAUUCCUGUACCGUAUCGUGACAGCAAGCUUACUCGGCUGUUCCAAACCUUCUUCCUGGGUCGUGGUAAAGCUGCUAUGAUUGUCAAUAUCUCAAAGACACCACUUCUCUUCGAUGAAACUCUUCAGGUUUUAAAAUUCUCAGCUAUUGCAAAGCAGGUGGCUAUAAGCCAGACAAAGGAGAGACGGUGCCAUAUUCAAGCUCCCAAGCGAAUAAGUCAGUUCUCCAAAUUUGUUCGCCAGUCCCUUAAUUCUUCGGGUCGCCUCACUGUUCCUUGGAUGAAAGGAGUUGGUGAUUUAACAUUUGGAGCAAGUGAUGAUAUCCCAGAAGAACCAGAUAACAUUGCUGAGGAACAGGAUGACCAAGAUGAUAGAUAUGAGGAAUUUGUUCAGCUCAUCUCCAGCCUGAAGGAUGAAUUAAUCAAGGAACAUAAAGAGAAGGUCGAAUUAGAAGGACGUUUAAGGGAAGAAUUAUGUACAGAAUUCUCUCAGCAAAUUGUUGAAAUUGAAAAUUCCUGGAGCCAACGUUUAAGGGAGCAACAGGCAAGAUCUGAAGAGUUAACAGAAUGGAAGCUAAGUGCACUUAUGAAGUCUGCCAAAAAGAUUGACAACCGAAAACGCUUCAAACCUGAUUAUGAUCCUGAUGAAGAGUAUGUCUCUUCACUUCUUUAUUUCCAGGAGCAACAUAAGGUUCAGGAACAGGAAAAACACAUUGAAGAACUGGAAACAGAGGUGAAGCAUUUGAAGGAUGAAGUUGAAGCUUUGAGGAAUUUUCAGAAAAAAAAUUGUGAGUUGUCUUCCAAAAUUCAGGAGGAGAACUCGAAGCUCACAUUCCAACUUGCACAGCUGACCAAAAAUUUUGAUAAAGUCACCAAGGAACUGGAAGAGGCACGGCGUAUGAGCAAGUCAACAAGUGGCACAGAGAAUUUUGUGUUACAGGAGCUGAAGCACCGAUUGGAUGAUAAAGUGUCAUUACUGGAUGCUAGAGAUAAUGAACUAAAGGAAUUACAGCAAUUGCUGUUAGAUGCCGCUGAAGCUUACCUUUAUAAGGAUCAGGAACGUGCAAAUUUUGAGGAGAAAUUGGAGACAAGUGAAAAAACUGUUACCAAGCAGAUUAUGAACUUGAAUGAAAUUGAGAAUCGGCUAGAGGAGGCCCGGGCAACACUGAGCCAAUAUGCAGGACAAGUAGAGGAGAGGGACCAGUAUAUUGAUGAGUUACGGCAACAAUUGUCAACACAGAAAGUGUCUCGUGUGCUACAAGAACACAGUGAAUGUUGUAAAAUGUUGGAGAAAAUGCAGAUUAAGAAAAUGGAGAUCGAAGAGGAGUAUCUAAGGGAUAAAAGUAAGUUGCUGCUAGAACUUGCUGAACUGAAAAGAAGCAAAGCACAAACUAACUCAGGUGACAGCAUCUCAUCAGAUGAUCUAAAGGCUGUUGAAGUAAAGGUAAUGCAAUUACAGCAAGAGAAAGAAACAUUGAUAAAGGAAAGAGCCUGGCUAAGUGAUCAACUCACAGAAUCUGAGGUACUGUUUACUCACCUGCAGAAAGCCAACUCAGAACUGGAAAAGGACUUUGGUGUGGUAGAGGAAGAGAGAGACCAAUUGAAGGAGAAUGUUACUGAGUUGCAUGAGAAGCUCAUGAGUGUGCAGGAGGAGAGAGCUUCUGAGCAGCUGAACACAUCUUCUCUAAAGGCAAAUAGCAUUAGUGCCAUGAAUCAAGUCAAUACUCUUCAGAAUGACUUAUUAGAAAAAGAAGAGCAAAUUCUUCAGCUGCAAAUGCAAGUCAAAGAACUUAAUAAGACUGAGCACCAUUAUCUGAAAGACCUGGAAAAAAAUAAUAAUGAAUUACAGGAAAAAAUAUUGACACUGGAGAGUAAAUUAAGUGAUACUAUGAAGGAGAAUUCACAGUGUGUAAAUAUAAAGGAGAGGUUGGGUGAAUUAUCCAAACUCCUUGAAGAAAUUCAAGAAGAAAACAAGAAUAUAAAAAAGGAACGAGAUGACUUGCAAAACAAACUUACCAUUAAUCAUGGAACUUCUGUCCUCUCACUAGAGAAAAUUAAGUCUUUGGAAGGGGAAAUUUCACACUUAAGAGAUGAUUUGAAACAAAAAACUGUUGAAAUUGAAACAGUAGUAAUAGAUAAAGAAAGGAUGAUUGUCAGCCUCAGAGAAGAAAUACAUAGCAUUGAUUGUGUAAAUAGAAAAUUUAAGGAAGAAAAAGAAUCUUCAGAGCAGGAGGUAACUCGAGAAAUUGAAAUUAAAAAUGCCGAGAUCACUGAACUGGUGCGUAAUAACCAAACACUGAAGAAGGAGUUAGAGGAAGUUAACCACUCUCUUGAAAGUAGAACCAAAUCUAAUUUAAAUUUGAAAGAAUUAUUGAACAACAAUGAAAUUAGACUAAAUGGAAUUCAGUCUGAACUUAACUCUCAAAAAAUUUUAGAAGAGGAAAAUAAAUCAAUGAAGAUCAAACUUGAAGAACAAAUGAAACAGCUUGAAAAAUUCAGAUCAGAAAUUGAAGCUGAGAAAAGAUUAAAAGAUGAAAGCAAUAGUGAGAAGAGUGAUCUCCAGGAACAAGUAUCUUCUAUGAUGAGAGAACUGAGUAAAUUACGUGAUGAGUAUGAAGACAUAAAGAGACAACUGGAGAUGUCACAGGACAAACAGAGAGAAGAAAGUUCCCGGACAGAAACUAUGGCUAACGAAUUGUCAGCUCUUCAAGAACUAUUUCAAGAGGUAAUAGAUGUAAAGUCUACGUUAAAAACACAGUUGCAAGAGAAGUUAAAGGAACUAAGAGAUGUCAAGACUAAGAUACAAGAAAUGGAGGAUGAAAAAAUCAAGUUCGAAAAGUUGUUAGAGGAGAACAACCUGGAGCAACACAAAAGUGGGUUAAAGAAACUCCAAGAACAUGUGACAUCACUCAAUGAAGAAAAUAACGACCUUAAGGAGAGAUGUGUAGCUGCUGAACAUCUUAAUGAAAAACAAAGACAUCUACUUGGUGACAAGGAAGAUGUUAUUACAGCUCUGAAUACAAAGGUUGAGUCAUUAGACUGUAAACUUACAAGAGCAGAUGAUGAAUUGCAAGAAAAGAGAGAUGAAGUCACAAAACUAAAGGCUGGGUGUGACAUCUUAGAGAAGGAGAUAAGAGCAGUGAGGGAGGCUCGUCAUGAGGAAGAAUUGCAGUAUAACCGCCGGACUGAAGAACAAGAGGACCAUCUCAAGCUUAAAGAAGUAGAAAUCUCUUCCUUGGAACAAGAAGUGAAGAAGCUUCUGCAGCAGUCCAUGACAUCCUUAUGUAACACCAGCCAGACACCUGUUCCUGAGACUCCCAGAGUGAAGAAGGAAGCAACAGACCAUGACAAGGAUAUUUUUGCUCUCAAAGAACAAGUCAGGAAAAGUGAGGCUCAGAAUGAUAGUUUGUUACAAGAACUGAAUGAACUGAAGAAUCAGUUGAGAAAGAUGUCUCUUGCCUCAGAACCCUCUAUUUUGCAAUGCUCAGCUACUAAGUCAUCACAGAAAACUGUCUUAAGGGAUACAAGCAUAACAGAUGUGGACAUUUCUGUAACUCCAGUUUUAAGAAAAAAAAAAGGAAGGAAGCCACGUAAUGAAACCCCAAGUGAUUCUCAGCACUUUUUCUUGGACUCUUCAUUAGGGAAUGAGAGUCAGCCUUCCAAGGAAACAAGACAAUCUUCCAGACCACAGAGAGCUUCAAGACUUAUAAACAGGCGCCAAUUACGUGAUGACUCCUUUGAAUAUGAGGGUUUUGGGGAAAGCAGUCAGGAAGAGGAGGCGUGGGAGCCCUCAGUACCCAGCAAGAGAGCACCAAGAACUACCCGUAAGCCUCGGGGAAACAAGUCCAGGUCACAAGUAGUAAACCCACAUUUAAAAGACCAAGAAAAUAAAAGCAGUGUUGCAAAUAAGGCAGAUGGUGGUGAACCCUCUCAAGAUGGUGGCAGGAGACAGAGGCGAAAACAUCAGUUGUACAAAUCCGUUGUUGAUGAACCAUAUGAAUGCUCUCCAAAUUUGAUUGAACUUCCUGAGGCUGUUGACAGUCCCCACAGUAUUGUACGUCGGCAGUUGAGAAACAAAAAAAAGUAAAUCUGUGUAUCUCCUUCUUUAGGCUAUCUUCUUUCUUUUAAAGCAUAUCAUAAUCCAAUUGUAUUACAUGUACGGUACUUUUCUUGUAUGAAUAUAAGUGCAAAUUAUUGACCAUAGUUUUAGAUCGUGUGAAAUAUAGCAAUUAAAAUAUUUUCCCUCAUUAAAUCAGUAUUUUUGUAUAUGAUGUGCCAAGUGUAAAGGCAAUGUUAUAUUUUUUCUGUACAUUAAUAAAAUACUUAAAAGCUCA